ACCACUAAAAAUAGAUUCUUCUUUCUCUCUUCUCUUGAACAUAAGCACUCAUACCCCCACACAUGAACAAACAGGCCGGAUUACAGCUGUCUUCAUACCUUGACCCUGCAACUCUCCCUGAAUCAGCCAAACAGAAGAACUUGGUUGAGAAGUAAAUACUGUAGAUUUAAGUCUAUGGCCGUCCAUUUUCUAAUGGAAGCAAUUCAAAUUAUUGCUUCUGCUUAGUUGAGAAAUAUCUGUGUAAAAGUAAGUGGAAUAGGGGGGAAUCAUCUACACUUUAUCUACACCUUAAGAAAGGAAUUGAUACCACCGAACAUCAGAAACUGCUCAAACAGGGGUGAAAAAGUUGCAGUAUCGAUUAUUCAUGGCUACAAAUGGGCAUAAAUGAAAAUCGGAUUGCCAGUCUAUCGCAUGAUGGAUUUUUCCUAGAAUAUUCAUUACAGGGUAAAUUAGGGACAGCAUUUGAAUAAAUGUACUAUGGAAUGCAGAGUACGUGAUUAUACAAGAGCCUCCAACACUGGAUAAAUAUUCUAGGAAAGCAGGAGAAAGAGACUUUACCCUCCACCAGAGGUUUGUUGAGUGCACUACUGGUGUUCACACUGAUAUUUGCCUUGAUGAAUAAAUUCAGAUUGUUCACUUGGUUCCAGUUGAUUUUUCACCCACAACAAGCCAGAGAAAUCAUGAUUUCUGGAAAACUUCAUAGAAGCUUAUAACCAACCUGGUUGUCUGCUAAAUAAGUCAAACAAGCCACUAAAGAUAUUUGAUGCUUACUGAGAUGAUCUUCCCUCUGGUGAAACAUCUAUAAACAUUGCAAUGGAUGGCUUAAUCAUUCAUAAAUUAACUCUUUAUCUUGGGGCUAAAUGCCUUGUUGUAUAAGCACAUCUCUUUUCAGUACAAUUAAAUACUGGAUUGCAAUUGACUCAGCCUUCAUCCAAAAUGCCUGACUUUGAUGAUCUUUUGGAACACAUUGGGGAAUUUGACUUCUUCCAGAAAAGGAUCUUUUUUCUCAUUUGCUUUCUCUCAGUUCUCUUUGCCCCAGUCUACGUAGGAGUUGUUUUCCUAGGGUAUACACCUGAGCACCGUUGUCGGACUCCAGGAGUUGCUGAAUUAAGCAACCGGUGUGGCUGGACUCUUGAAGAUGAACUGAAUCACACCGUUCCCAAAGGGACAUCCAACGAGGAUACUUUCACCCCUCAAUGUAUGAGAUACAAUGUCAACUGGAAUGAAAGUGGGCUGAGCUGUACAAAUCCCCUGGAAGACUUUACCAGACUAGAGAACAGGAGCCUUCUUCUGACCACUUGUCAAGAUGGCUGGCUUUAUGAUGCUUCAAUCUUGUCCAUUGGGACUGAGUUUAACUUGGUUUGUGGAGAUUCCUGGAAGCUAGAUAUGUUUCAGUCAGCUGUGAAUGGUGGGUUUCUGGUUGGAUCUAUAUUCGCCGGCUACCUAGCAGACAGAUUUGGACGAAAAAUAAGCCUUUUAAUUUCUGUCCUGGUAACUUCAAUCUCUGGAGUACUUGUUGCCUUCUCACCAAACUACUUAUGGUCUGUGAUAUUUCGUUUCAUCCAAGGCCUGUUCAGCAAGGGCAGCUGGAUGGCCGGUUACAGUUUGCAAUAUUAAUCUUGAAGAAGAACAGGGAGAUGACACAAAGCUUAGCCCUUCACUGCUGGACCUUGUGAGGACACCACAGAUGAGGAAAUACACAUUAAUUUUGAUGUAUAACUGGUUCACAAGUGCCAUAAUGUACCAAGGACUUAUUAUGCACAUAGGAGUUGCUGGUGGAAAUGUUUACCUGGAUUUUUUCUAUGCCACCCUUAUUGAAUUUCCAGCUGCUUUCAUCCUCAUCAUUACCAUAGAGCGGGUGGGUCGUCGUUAUCCCUGGGCAGCUUCUAAUCUGGUGGCCGGAAUUGCUUGCCUUAUUACAGCUUUCUGUCCAGAUGAUAUGCAUUGGUUAAAGAUUAUUACAGGUUCCUUUGGCAGGUUAGGAAUUACUAUGGCUUUCGAAAUGGUCUGCUUUGUCAAUGCUGAAUUGUACCCAACAUUUCUUAGAAACCUUGGCAUGAUGGUAUGUUCUUCCAUGUGCGAUUUUGGUGGAAUCAUAUCUCCAUUUAUAGUCUACAGAUUGGCAGAGAUCUGGCAUGAACUACCUCUUUUAGUCUUCUCUGUCAUAGGGUUAAUAGCUGCUGGAACAGUGCUGCUUUUGCCUGAGACCAAAGGAAGCACCUUGCCAGAGACUAUCGCUGACAUAGAAAACUUCCACAAACCUUCAUUAAACAAUCAGUCUUGAAGCAAAUUCAAGUUUAAUUAUUUUUGAAAUGUGUGUGCUCAGCUAUGGUCCAUAAAAAGUCCAGAUCUAAUCACUAUCCUAAUAAAAAUAUUACACUGUACAGUCUUUCAUUUGGACAGGUAUUUUAUACACAUACAAAAUGUUAAUUUCUUCCAUGUGUAGCUGUGUUAAACUGAUGGACGUUGUCAAUAUAGCAAACGCAGCAUGUAAACAGUAAAAAUAAGCAGAGGGCAGUGAAAAUAAUACUUUUUAUCUGAUAUUUAAACAUUGUGCUAUGACUGGAGGUUCUAGAUUUGUUAAAACACUAUUCCUUCUUUUUAUUUUAACUUUUGCUACUUCAUUUAGUUUUCUAUGCAUAUAUGUAUGUUGUAAAUCUUUUGGGGAUUCUUGGUAGUGCCCAGAACCAAGGUAAAUAUCUUUUUGCAGGUAAAAGAGACCAAUACAUAAAUAAAUGGUAAUAUUGGAUAAUAUAGCACAAUUGAAAAAUAGGUAGAGGGGUUAAAGUUGGUGUAAAGUGGCAAGAGUUUGCCAGGACAAGUAAGGAAACUAAUAUGGUGUUUUGGUUUUGCUUGUGCAGACCUAGAAUUGGAAGAAAUCAGAUGUAGAGGAAUUAUCAUCCUUGGAGAUGCUGACAUAAACAGAGAUUAAGAGGAACAGUAAAAGGCUUCUCAUUGGAUAGCUUUGAAUCAGGAAAUCAACACAGGAGAUGUUUAGGAGGAAAUGAGGGGUUGUCCCAAAGAAUGGAGAGAUAGAAACAAAAUCCAGAAGGAUUAGGGGAAAAACAAAAGCUUGGGUGCACAUACAAAUUUAUCCUUAAUUCACAAAAAUGGGUGUGUUA